CGCCCCCUCGUCUCGUCUCCACCCCCUUCUCCUAAGCCCCGCCCAGCCGGCGACUCCAGUCCGCAACCAUUGGCUCUGCGCACACCCGAAGCCCCGUCCCUCCCGGGCCUCGACUACCACGUCCCGCUGACCUCCUGGGCGUCUCCGAGGCUGCGAGUCAGGCAGUCUGUUGGGCACUCCGAGCACGGGGUCCUCGCGGCUUCCUCUGCUGCUUCAGCUUCGGGCCAGAGAGGACCGGGCCCGCGUCGCUGGCUCGCCCAGGUGUCGGGAAAAUGAUCCACAGUCUAUUUCUCAUCAACUGCUCUGGAGACAUAUUUCUAGAAAAGCACUGGAAGAGCGUUGUGAGCCAGUCUGUCUGUGACUAUUUCUUUGAAGCUCAGGAGAAAGCUGCUGAUGUUGAAAAUGUACCACCUGUCAUUUCUACACCUCACCACUACCUCAUCAGUAUCUACCGGGAUAAGCUCUUCUUCGUGUCUGUCAUACAAACGGAAGUGCCGCCUCUCUUUGUAAUUGAGUUUCUGCACCGAGUUGCUGACACUUUUCAGGACUACUUUGGUGAGUGUUCAGAGGCUGCAAUUAAGGAUAAUGUGGUCAUAGUGUAUGAGCUCUUGGAAGAAAUGUUAGACAACGGAUUCCCACUGGCCACUGAAUCUAACAUUUUGAAAGAACUGAUUAAGCCACCAACAAUUCUACGUUCUGUCGUCAAUUCUAUUACAGGCAGUAGUAAUGUUGGGGACACACUCCCCACCGGGCAGCUAUCCAACAUCCCAUGGCGUCGAGCAGGAGUAAAGUACACAAACAAUGAGGCCUAUUUUGAUGUAGUUGAAGAAAUAGAUGCAAUUAUAGAUAAAUCAGGAUCUACAGUGUUUGCAGAAAUUCAGGGGGUCAUUGAUGCUUGCAUUAAGCUCUCUGGAAUGCCUGAUCUCUCGCUCUCUUUCAUGAACCCAAGGCUUCUAGAUGACGUCAGCUUCCACCCAUGCAUCCGGUUCAAACGCUGGGAAUCAGAAAGGGUUUUGUCAUUCAUCCCUCCGGAUGGGAAUUUCCGACUCAUAUCAUACCGUGUCAGCUCACAGAAUCUUGUGGCAAUACCAGUGUAUGUGAAACACAAUAUCAGCUUUAAGGAAAACAGCUCUUGUGGCAGAUUUGAUAUAACAAUUGGACCAAAACAGAAUAUGGGAAAAACUAUUGAAGGAAUCACAGUGACUGUUCACAUGCCAAAAGUUGUACUGAAUAUGAACCUGACACCAACACAAGGCAGCUAUACAUUUGAUCCAGUAACCAAGGUCCUAGCAUGGGAUGUGGGGAAGAUUACCCCACAGAAGCUCCCAAGUCUUAAAGGACUGGUAAAUUUGCAGUCAGGAGCGCCCAAGCCAGAAGAAAAUCCAAGCCUCAACAUACAGUUCAAGAUCCAGCAGCUUGCUAUCUCAGGCUUAAAAGUGAACCGUUUGGACAUGUAUGGGGAGAAGUAUAAGCCAUUUAAAGGAGUCAAAUAUGUCACAAAAGCCGGGAAGUUUCAAGUGAGGACAUGAGAAGAGACCAGAAUUCCUUAAGAUGUUUGCUUUUCAAGUGUCAUUACACUUUAUUGCUAAUAGGUACCAAGUGGGUGGGGUUACAUAUAAAGCAUUUGUGUCUGGCUACACUGCUAACAAAGUUGCUUAGUAUCAAUGUAGGGCUCUUAAGGAGCUUGAAGCUAAGGAAAGUUUCUAAAGACUUAGCUUACUUUGUAUCUUUUCACUUAGGAAAAGAUUUAGAUGAUUUCUUCCAAGGGGGCUACCAGCUGAGUGCUGCACAUUGUGACAGUAAAGGCAGAAGGCUACAGUGGUGGCCUCCUAAAGCCAGUGAACUGGUCUCAUCAACCAGCAGGAACUGUGUCAGCCAUGAUGGGUCAGGUUCAGCCAGUGUCACACCUUCUGAUGUCAGCCAUCUCAGAUCAGUGUCUGUCCCACAGGAGGAGAUCCCCGACCCCAAGAAGUUUACAGGAAACUGCCUCUUCAAGUGUUUGCCUUACUCAGCUUUUCACUGGUGCCAUUAAGCAAGCACUGUAGCAAAGCCUCCUCCACAUGGCCAUGGCAGGGAGCACUGCUGCUCCACGCUCCACUCACUGUAUUUGGUAUUAUAUUUUUUUAUGAAGAAGAUUUUUAUGUAAAGCUCAGAUUUUGAUUUACAAGGACUUUGCUGCAGUAGAUAUACCAUCAGUCAUCAGUUCAGCUGCUAGAUAACACAGUCAAUAUCAUUUGCAUCAAAGGGGCAAAUACUUUAUUAAGAUAAUAAAAGGGAACACUACUUCUGCUUUUAGGAAGUUAAUGCAGGCACAGGUGUUUGUGCUUUUAAACGAAUCAAAGUAGUAAAAGAGAAAAUUAAGCAAAACCUUUGCCAUUCUCAUGUCUUAUUAAAACUUUAUCUAAUGCCACUCUUAGCCUGAAAGCCUCAUGCCCUAGUUCAGCAAAAGGUGGAAAACAUAUCUGCUUCACUGCUGUUAUUUUUCUCUUUCUAAUCUUUUCUUUGUGUGCUUAAAUGGUUGGAUUUACCUGUAUGCCCUGUAUUUGGAGGAGCUCCUUUUCACCCCAAGGCCACUGUGAUAGGUACCUUCCCAAAACUCCCCACCUUGUCAAAAUGUGGCUGAAGCCCCCAAGUGUCUUUGCUGUACUGUGUACACAGAAGACCAUUAUACUGAGGGACAAACAGCCAAUCAAUCAUUACACUUGGAAAGUGAGUCUGAUCCUCCAUUCUGCGUCAGUCGCUUGCAGACUCUUGUGUGGUGAUCUUGCCUCAUUAGACAUGAAGAUGAAGAAAGUGGAGGAGGCUGAAAGUUAAGAUGCAAGUGCCUGCUCUUCCCGUCCCCUCCUUUUCUUUAGACUAUUGGACUGUUCUCUUGUCCUGUGGCCCAUUAUUUUCUUCACCUUUCCCUUACCAUGCUAUUUAUGACGCAUGCUCACUCCUUGCUGGAGUGCUGAUGAUGCAGUAACACUGUUACUAUACCCUCAUCUAAUUAGAAAGGCUAGUUUUUGCAACUUCAAAUAGAAAUUUCUUGAGCAGCCAAUCUUAGAUUGACAGUUUUAAGUCAAAAUGCAAAGUAUUCCCUUUGACUAAGAUUGAUUAUCUAGCUCUAGUUGUAAUAUCCUGUCUUUACCUCAGAAACCAUCAGACUGUCCAACAUUCCUCCUGUGCAGUCUUGUCUAUCAAAGUGGAACAUAUACCCAGAGUCCCUCAUCUCUAAUCAUUUCUGCUAAAACAGCCAAGCAGACUGUGUUCCUUUACAGCUAAAUUAUUGUAUUUAUUAAUUUGAUAGAGCCCAGUAAGUCCUAGCUCUGACUAUAAUGUCAAUAAAAACAUGAAAGCAACAAA